AUGCUCCUUAAAGUUCAGUUGACGACAGGCUACAUUCUCACGCUCGAUGUAGCACCGACAGAGACGAUACUCGACAUAAAGAAUAAGGUGUAUGACCAGGAGGGAAUACAUCCUGCCCAGCAGAAAAUGUUAUACUUGGCCCAGCAGCUACAGAACACUACCACCGUCGAGGAGGCCAACCUCAAGGCAGGAAUCACUAUCCAGUUAGUCGUUAACCUGAGGGGAGGCUAG